AGCAGCAACAGCAGCAGCAGCUCCUCCUCCAGCAGCAUCAGCAUCAGCAACAACAACAGCAGCAGCAGCUUCAGCAAAAUAUGCAGGCGUUUGCCCAAGGAAAACCCCAGCAGAUGCAGCAGCAGCAACAACAACAACAACCGGUCCAACCACCUCAGCCGCCGCAGACCGCCCAGCCGUCAGGUGAGGCCGACACAUCUGACUUUCCAUUCGAUUUCCGUCUCCUGCACAUGAUCCCUGCUCUGGCCGAUCCAGGUUGGAGGGCAAUGAUCCAGACGCAUCAACCUCAGACGUUUGCCGCGGUGUCCCAUGCUGCUGCCGUCUUAAACACCGGGACUGUGCCAGUAGACACGCUGAAUAGGAUGAAGCAGAUGGCCUCAUUGAUGCGCGCACCUCCGCAGAACCAAUCUGGACAGCAAAAGCCGAGAUCGAGGCCAGUGUCCCAACAUGGCACUGCUCCACCAAACGUUCGACCCCCACCGCCCCCUGCAACUCAACCCCCCGUCCGCCCUCCCAUUGCUCAGCCCGUGCCGCGACCACAACCGCCUCACCUCGCUGGAUCUGUACCGCCGCAAUCUCCUGCCAUCAGCGAUGCGUCGCAGCAAUCUUCUCGUAGGCAAAAGGAUCGCAAACCUGAGCCUGUCACCGUAGAUCCUGGUAUGCCGCCUCCAGCGUGGAUCCCGACCCAGCCUACGCCGACGACUCGACCAUCGACAGCGGGCCGCGAUGCCGUUCGUGGAUCCGGACUCCCUGUCAAGGAGUGGGAAUCUGCCCUUCCUUUGCCUUUGCCUAUCCACACGAUCACUACCUUACCUGAGGAAGAUCCCGACGACCCAACGUUUGGUGGCUUGCUUCCGCCUCUGUCCCAAGAGGAACAGAAAUCGAUCAAGAAUUGGAUCGCCAAUGAUCAGGCGUAUGCGCAGAAACUCGGAGAAACAAAAGGAAAGAAUCGCGAAAAGAUGUCCAGGUGGGCGCGGAGUCUGGAAUUCCAAACACCGUGGUGGGAGAUUAGAAAAGGCGAGACGCCGUUGCCGCCCCGGACGCGAAUCUCCAUCUUGUUCCCAGAGGAGAAGAUGGCUCUGAGAGCGAGAGCUAGGGGUCGACGAGAGGUUCGAUUUUCACCCGCUCAACUCAAAGCAUUGGCCAAUGUGGAUGAUCAAAUUAUUCCGGUGCGGAUAGACCUGGAGCAAGAUCAUUGGAAGCUCAAAGACACGUUCAUGUGGAAUUGCGCCGAUACAGUCGUCACGCCAGAAUUAUUCGCUGCGACCCUGUGUCUUGACUUUGGAGUGCCCGAAGGCGUCUUUGGACCGAGAAUAGUGGCGGCGAUCAGGGAACGCGAGCGAGAGUUUCAGAAUCAGGUGUUACCGAUACUGGCACGGAAUGCGAUGGACGGGACUCGGGGCAAGAUGGAUUCGGAGGGCAAUGCGGAUGCCAAGGCGACAUUCGAGGUGUUUAGACGGGCAAGGGAAGGGAGUUUGCCGGUAUUGGAGGACGAUCAAGGAUCUCAAAUGGCUCAUUCUGCCCGUUCGAGUGUGGAGAUCAAGACGGAAGUAGGGGAGGAUGAUGAGCGAAUCAAGAUUGUCGGUCUGGAUGCGGAGGUGAUCGCAGACGAAGAGGACGCGGUCAAGAAGGAGGAAAAGCCGAUGACGGUGGAAGAGGCUACGGCGACGUUCUCUUCGGUUCAGAGUGAAGACCUGCGAUUCCUCAUCAAGGUCGAUAUCAUCCUUGGAACUCAGAACCUGACAGACACGUUCGAAUGGGAUCUCAACUCUGUCGUGACGCCGGAAGAAUUCGCAGCUCUGCAUGUCAAGGAGCUGGGGCUGUCUGGGGAAUUUGCGACCGCGCUCGCCCACGAUAUCCACGAGCAGAUACUCGUUCAUCGCCGCUCCCUCUUCCUUGUCGGGCACAUGCCUGGAUCUGGUGUCAUAUUGGACGACGAAGUGAGGUCUGCUUUCCUCCCGCCGAUCACCAAGUCGUCGCUUCUCCGCCGUGAAGACGUUGCCCUCGCCACGUUCACGCCAAUCUUUGCGACCAUGACCGAACAAGAAAUCAAUGAGAUUGAAAAGGACAGAGAUCGCGAUGCUAAGCGGAAAAAGAGGAACACGCGUGGACGACGGGGUGUCGUCUUGCCGGAUCGAGAGCCUAUCAAGACCCAUAGGACGUUGAUCAAUCCCAUGGGACCGAACGGUCAGCUGCCGGUCGUCUCGGCGACUGAGGAUGUAUCUGCGCCGGUGGCCACGACUUCGCGUCGAGCAGCAGCCAUUGCCGCUCAGGCCAACAUCAGCGUCCUGGCACAGGACCUCGAGAUGCCUUCGCCGCCUACUCCGCCAGCUGCUGCGUUGCCCACGCCAUCAGUGUUCAACAAGAUGUCGAUGCGGAAUUCGCGACCUCCAACGAAUCGAUACAGCCGCGGUGCGAGUCGAGCGAGUCCAUCAUCUGCGAGGGAGGACUCAAUGGUCCCCAACGGGGAGUAUGGGACACCAACCAUGGCUGGUUCGAAGCGAUCCCUGUAUGAUGAUUCCGUAUCAGAAUCUGUCGGCAGUCCCAUGCCGAGUCGCAAGCGUCCUUUCAACGGUCAAUUUGACAGUCCCGAUGGCAACGCGUUCAACGUCAAGAUGGAAGCACCGUAUGGCGAGACCAAAGUACCGUGGCGUUGCAAGAACUGUGGAGUUCCGGAACACUUGUCUCGAGGGGUCAAACGGGACGUCAGGAAUGGUGAAUGGAGUCUGUGUCUCCAGUGCUAUCGGUAUUACUCCAAACGUCGGAGGCCGCGUCCUUGUACGUAUACGGAAGACGAGGAGACCCACCGGCUCAGAUUGGAGAACACUGGUCCUGGGAAUCCGAACGGCGUCCCAGCUGGCAUGCCGAGGACACAGCAAAAGCCUGAACCGAUGUCUGCGCCGCAACCCUCACCGCAACAACCUCCACACUUCAUGGGCAAUGGCCAUGGCUAUGCUCCACCGAAUCAUGGCUAUCCUCCGCCUCAGCCCAUGUCGUUUCCUGAUAUGAGUUCUGGUCAGACGAAUCCUCACCAUGUUCCUGCGCAUGUUCAAGCGCCUCCAGCCCCUGUCCAACCGUCGCAGCCACCGCCACCGCCGCAGGAUAGUGCGAAGGAUCCAUCUCAAUCACCUAGCGAUAGCGAUUCGGACAGCGAGUCUAGAGACUCUGUCGACACGCCACCACCUCCACUCUCUAACAAGCCAUUCUCUACUCCUGGUCCUCCGCCGCCUGUACCUUCUGCGCCACCUCUAUCGGCUCGUUCAGUCAGCGCAACGUCUGCCACGAUGCCAUCUCCCGUAACGAGCAAGAAACCCAUGCCUGAUCCGCCAAGUUGGACGAAUCGUGCGCAAGCGGAAUUGAGGGCAAAGUAUCCACUCGAUAGCUUUAUCAUUGUCCCGAAACUUCGACCGGCCGAUCAACCCUCGGCUCCCUUGGAAUGGAGAAUCAAGUGUACGGAUUGUCCAGGAAAAGUGUACACGUUGGGACCGGGUGAAACGUUGGACAAUUUUGAGGUCCAUCUGAGGAAUAGACAGCAUGUGGAGAAGAGGACCGCGGCGAGAGCUGCGAGGGGAAGGUAAUGCGGGGGCUCAGAUGGGUGACAGCCAUAAUCAAUCAAACGGUCUCUUAUAUGCCUUCAAUGAUGCAACCGUAAAUG